AUGGUGGAGCUGGUGGUUGCUGCGGUGAUGGUGUUGGUUUCUUGCUCAAGUCACGUCAUUGAGGGUGGUGAUGGUGAAUACAAGCAAGUAUUUCUCCACAUCAACAAUUCCCUCACAAAUGACUCCCCUGCAUUAGUUGUUCAUUGUCAAUCAUCCCAAGGUCGUGAUUUCGGCAACGUAUCGCUUGCAGAUAGAAGUGAAUUCAACACCGUCUUUCUUGCAGAUUCGCCUGGACAACCUACCUACUCUUGCCACUUUUGGUGGGAUCCCAAGCAACAAGAGUUCAACGUCUAUGAUAAAGACAUAGAUGGACACUGUCUGAGUGCAGCUGAAGCUGGACCUGCACAAGAAGUUUCGACCAUUUCAUGUUACUGGCAUGUACAGAUGGACGGUUUUUACAUUGGUACUAAGGAUACUUCAAAUGAAAAGUUUCAUGAUUGGUGA